UGGUGAUACUUCAGUAUCAUGGAUGAGGUAAAAAGAUCAGGAGCUGAAGGUAACUUGGUAGUGUGUUGCAGAGAGAGAAGAACUGGAACAGAACAAAACUGUAUGGGACUAGUUACCUCAGUGGAAACAAGACAGACAUGGAUGCUGUGCUGAGCCAGAAGCAUCAUGGAGGUGCACGACAGAACUAUGAACCACGAUAAAUAGAUGCCAUAAUACCGACAAGACCACAGAGAGUGGAAGAAAUAAGGAAUUAUAAUGGAAUCCGGUAGUACAGACCAGUCCGAAAGAGACAAAAGAAUAAAAAUCCAUUUUAAAAUGACUAGGUUUAUCAUGGAAGCAGGCAUUAAGCUCGGGAUGCAAUCAAUCCCUAUCGCAACAGCAUGUACAAUUUACCACAAGUUUUUCCACGAAACCAGCUUGGAUAACUAUGACCCAUACUUGGUGGGCAUGUCUGCUAUUUACCUGGCUGGGAAGGUGGAGGAACAGCACCUGAGGACACGAGAUAUCAUAAAUGUAUGCCAUAGGUAUUUAAAUCCAGAGAGUGAGCCUUUGGAAGUGGACACAAAGUUUUGGGAACUGAGAGACAGUAUUGUACAGCUUGAGUUACUGAUGCUUAGACUGUUAAAUUUCCGAGUCUCUUUUCAGCAUCCACACAAAUAUCUUCUACAUUAUCUUAUUUCUUUAAAAAACUGGAUGAAUCGGCACAGCUGGGACCGGACGCCUAUUGCAACAGCUUCCUGGGCACUUCUCAGGGAUAGCUACCAUGGUGACCUGUGUCUGCGAUAUGAAGCGCAACAUAUAGCUGUAGCAGUAUUGUAUUUUGCCCUACAAUGUUAUGGUGUAGAUGUGCCCAGUAAUGACACAGCAGAGACUCCGUGGUGGCAGGUUUUUAGUGAAGAUGUCACACUUAUGUUAAUCAACAACAUCAUAUGUGAUCUGAUACACAUUUAUACUUUGGAUACCGAAAUCGCUUGAGCCUUACCUGAAGAGGAUCUUUAAUCACUUAACAGUUACCAUGACAACUUUAAAUACAUUCUGUAUUUCUUCGAUUUUCAUUCUUGGUGCAACUUUAAUUUACGGAGUUAUGUUUUUAGAUUGGGGAUUUUUUUUUUCAUCAAUGUGAACUUGUAAACUAGUUCAAACAUCCCAACUUCAAAGAAACUCAGACAAAAUACUCAUUUAAAGGAUGAAACUCAUUGCUUCCAUCUAGAUCUACAUUUUGUAACUUUUGGCUCAAGGUGCUUCCUCAUAUUUUCGUUUCAAAUAAAUACAUUAUUUAAAGGCAUCACCUCAAAGCAAUCGCCAUGCUAUAUUUCCCUUACGUUGUAAACUCUUGAAGUGACAUUUUGUUUUUCAUGGACUACAAACUGAUUAAUUGCAGUUUUUUUUUCCUUUCUGACACAUUCUUUGUAAAUUCUGUUUUUAUUUCCAAUAAAUGACUACGGUUGCUUUCUA